UCUCGACUUGCGCAACAAUAGCGCCGACGUCGGCCGUUUGCGCAAGCGAGAAUUACGUGUAAACUCCUCUCGUGUUCCUUUUGCGAGAGCCCGGCGGCCAAUAGGGACCGUUUAGACAGGUAGGACGGAUCGCAGCGAGGAUUUCUUUCUCGAGCCUAGUUUUCGGAAAAAGAGAGAGGAAACCUCUUUGCGGUGGCCUUUCUCUUGGGAUUUUAUGCGUUACCUUCCGUGGGGCGUCGCUUACGGACUUUUGAAAAGAUCGAACCUAUCGUAACAUGGUGAGAUAAAGCUCGUUGGAUUUUACUGCGCGAGCGUUAUUCGCCUUCUCCGUGACGACGCAUCCUUCCUCUUCGAUGCGUAUUCCUACACGGAAACAUCUGCAACGAAAGCGAACGUUGUCACGUCGCUCGCCGUAUCUAGGUCGUCGUAAGACUCCUGGGAGCGGACGGAGAAACCACACGGUUUGUUUUGACAGUUUUCUCAACGUUGAUUUAUCCUUUGAAGAGCUCGCGACAGCAUUGUGCCGUUCGUGCGCAAUCUCGGUGGCGCGACGCGAAUAUUUUGGAGAAGAAUCGCGAUUGGGCACGCGCGCGCCCUCGUAUUCCAAAACGGACACCGAAGCACAAAAAUGGAUAAAUCCUGUAAUCGACUCGACUUGGCGUCAACGAAUCGAUACCUCGUGCGGAUAGCUUUGAUUUUUUACCAGAGAUACGGAGAGGUGCGUCGAUUUUCGAUGGGAGAUCGUGUCAUUUUCAGCGGAUUUUCGAUUGCCUGGCCUCCGUUGAGACCGACAUGGACGAAAUCCAACGGGGGCUCGGCGGUGAAAAAUUCCGUAUUCGUAAACGCUUCGAUUUUUAUGCCCGUCUCGUCGUUGCAUUUCUCUUAGGAAAAAUUGGAGUGUUAUCGGCAUAUAGGUCGUGGUCGACCGAUACAAUCGCAUGCCGAACGAUGCAUCGAGUAAUUCUUGUAGAUGAGAGAUGGCGCUUCCUUCCUCGUCCGGUGUUGAAAUGGCGCGUUGGUUACCUCAAUCUUUCGUAGCACAACGGCGCAUGUGUUCCAAGAAGUUCCAUACCAUUCCAUACCGUGCUCCCCGAGUCGAGGGUACUCUUAUCUUCUCUCGGCCACUUUCGGCUACUUUCACUUAUUUAGCCUAAUUAGCGCUAGUUAGUAAGUUAGUAUGGCGACACAGAAAGCGAAUGCAGUUCAAAGAUUCAGAUCUCUUCUUUGUUUGUAUAAAUCAAAAUUCAAUCAAAUCGCGAAUAAAGUUGCAAACUUUGAAACACCGGAAAGGUUUAAAGGGACUUUCUUAGAGCGUUGGGGGAAAUAUUGGAGGAAUCUUUAUAUCGAUUACAGAGAUGUUGCAAUCGAUAUUACCAAGGACUGUAAAGACCGACCGAUACGUGCUUCUAUAUAUUUCUCAUUUUUAGGAGGUUUGUAUUAUCUUUCUAAGCAUAAUCCGGAUGAAGUUUCUUUCCGGGAUGCAGUUAUUCAAAAUGCAAGUAAACUGGUUCAAGUAGGCGAAAUGGUACGUAACCCAGCGAGCACUGAACAUUUAAUGUGGAUUGAACAGUGUUAUAACGAGAGAACGAUCCGUUGCCUAAAUUUAGGUAUAAUGUCCUUAAUUUGGGUGGAUAAUUAUGAUAAAAUGUGUGCAUUGUAUAAGGCUACAUGCCCGUAUCUGCAGCCAAGAUACAUUACAUUCCAUCAAAGAAUAAUUGAUGUCGGAUUUUUAGAUAGAUGGUGGAUUUUAGAAGAUAAGAUGAAAGAUUACGAUGUAAACGAAGCACAAUUUCAAUAUUUAAGUAUAUUACCAAGUAACGGUCAAUUAUUGGCAUAG